GUAAACACUAAACUGUAAACUGUAAAAAACUAAAAACUAAAUGUAAAGGAAUUUGUGAUUUGUAACUACUAAUUUGCAUUUUGUAGCUGAUGUGACUUUGUAAGUUCAUUAGUUUGAAUUAGAGGACCUAUUAAUUAGGUUCAACUCAGACUUCAGUAAGUUUCAUUCGCUAUGGUUCGGUUAGUCAACGUUCUCUUUACCUAGAGUAGUGUUCCCAUGUUGUUUGAACAAUGGACAACGAUCCCGGAAUAGUGUGUUAUAAACACUGUGGAGACAGAAAUGUGUUCUGCAUAAAAUUACCUUCUUUCUGCCAUGUCUGUAAACAACAUGUAUCCGAUUCUCUGUUCAUUCCAAUCAGAGUGUGCUAUCCUUUUGCGAGAGCAUCGCAGCAUCCGUGCUCUGUUGUUUUUAAACCGACCAAUGGCGAUUUUUUAAAAAACUAUCGAUUGAUGGAUGAUUUACAUAUUGGAAUAACGACUUCAAAGGGAGUAGUCGUGUCAUACGACUGCAACGGAGUAGUCAAUGAUGAUGUCAACACGGACGCCUGGCAGCAAUGUUUAGUAGUCUACCGAGUAGAGGAAGCGUCUUGGGAAACACAAUGGGAUAACGUCCUGAUGGAAAUUGCCAGAGCCGAUUUUUGGACCAAAGCAAGGUUGGUGAUGGUGAGGGUAAUACUAUGGCAUGAAUUUAACCUACGGCAAAGGUACAAUGAAGAUACGCACAACUGUUUGUCAUUCGUUGUGGAGUUCGUCAAACGGUUGGGAAUGUUGAAAACAUGUGAUCGAGUGAUCAAUACGAGGGAAGAAUUUACCGAUACGUUUAUUGCACCGGCCACAGUGAACGCUCAAAAAUAUAUACACCUCUACAGAAAAAUUGUCGAAAACGGUUUCUAUGUGUACAAUUCAGUAUCAAACGAAAUAGUGUGCAGUUGAAUCUUGAUUACUACUGCUACUACUACUACUACUACUACUAAUAAUAAUAAUAAAAAUAAUGUAAAAAUAAAUAAUAUAUAUGAAAUUUGUUGUAAAAAAGCUAAUAAUAUACAGCAAUCAAUAUGUAUAAGCAACAUCAAUAUGUGUAAUCUAUAUAAGCAUACAAAGUUUUCAACAUUUUUAUAGUAGAAACUAGAGGUCUCUAUUUCACGUGUGGUUGAGAACACAGGUACCCGUGUUAAAGUGUGUGUAAUUAAAAUGCACAUGUUCCAGUGUAUUAAGAUUUUGAA